CAAGUACUGAGUAGUAGUUUCCCUGAGGCCGAAGUGGAACGCACGCGGACAGAGAACCCCCCACCCCCACCCCUCUGCAGCACAGAGAUGGAGCAAACCGAGCUGGUGAAGCCCGAAACUCUAGACGAGCUGAUCAAAACUCUGCACCAGAUCUUCCAGAGCGACCGCAUCAAUGUGGAGGAGGUGCAGAACCUCAUGGAGUCCUAUGAGAGCAAGCCUCACGAGUGGAGGAAAUAUGCAAAGUUUGACCAGUACAGGUACACGAGGAACCUGGUGGAUAAAGGCAACGACAAGUUUAAUCUUAUGAUUCUCUGCUGGGGUGAAGGUCAUGGAAGUAGCAUCCACGAUCACACAAACUCCCACUGUUUCAUGAAGCUGUUGCAGGGCCAGCUCAAGGAGACGCUUUUUCAUUGGCCGGACGGCAAGUCGCAGGGAGACAUGGUCACAAAGUCCCAGAGAGUCCUCCAAGAAAACAAGGUUGCUUACAUCAAUGAUUCCAUCGGUCUGCAUCGCGUGGAAAAUGUCAGCCACACAGAGUGUGCAGUGAGUCUGCACCUGUACAGCCCCCCGUUUGAGACCUGCCAGACUUUUGACCAACGGACAGGACACAAGAACACAGUCAAAAUGACCUUCUGGAGCAAAUACGGAGAAAGGACUCCAUUUGAGACCGCAGUUUCUCAGGAAAACAACUAACGGUCACCAAAGGAGGCUGCGGACGAGGAAGACAUGCAUUUGAAAAUGUUAUGAAGCAGGAACUGCCGGGGAAGCGAAAUGUGGACCAACUACGAGAAAGCAACCCAUUUUCAAAUCAAGAGGGGGCUUGUUUCGAGCGGACAACCCGCUAAUUAGAAUGGCUUUAUUGCUGCUCAGUGUGAGCUUGGCAAAUACUGAUGAGCACAGGACGAAUGCAUGAAUGGGCUCGGACAUGGAUUGAAUCUGCCUUUUGUUUGCUGGGCCCAAAGAGACCCUUUUCCCAAUAACAACAUUCCUGUCUAUCCUGUGCAACCACACAGUUCUGGCCCACACUGAAAAUGUAGAGCUUUUGCAUUUAAAAAAAAAAAGGAACACUGCUGUAAUAGAGUAAAAAAAAAAAAAGGUUAUUCUUAGAAAAAAAAUUACUGCAAUCAUAAUUUUAUUGUUGUACUUAAUGGUGAUUUAUACCACUCAAAUUGUUUUUCCUGAAAACUGUCAAGGAAAGUGGCAAUAUUUGUACAGUUUUAACUACAAAUGUAUGUUGUGUGUCGUAAAAUGUAAAGCUUCAGUGUUGUGAUGUUGCGAUGCUUGUAAUUUAUUUGCAGGGUUUCCUGUUUAGUGAAGACGUUUAUAAAUCAAAAAAACACAAACAUCUUACAUGUGUUCAUAGUCGUUAAUGUAGAUGCAAUAUUCUUAUGGGAGUCGGUGAGUUUGGGUGAAACGUCUCUCAGGAGUGGAGCUGUACAUUAACGGUCCGAUUUCUCAUAGCUGUCAUUACAUUUGAUGCUGUAAUAAAAUUGUAAACCAUUAAAUACUCUUGUCCUUUCAUA